UAAAUAUGAGUAUUUAUAAUUUUAUUUAUAAUAUUGACCGGCAUGAACCGGCACAAACCGAUAUGUGCCACCGGUUAAACCAUUUCACUUGCUAAACUGGCACACUGGCAUAAACCGGUUUGACAACCUUGAUACAGAGGUAUCGGGCCGACGGGCUAAACGGGGUGGGAAGCACGUAAACAGGAAACUUGUCGCGCUAUGGGCCUGCCUUAAGAUCCAUUAAAUGACCGCCUUGUCACUUUACUCCCUCCUUUUCGACUGACGGCAUCUCCCUUCCGCUGAACAGAAGAAGACGAAGAAGAAGCAGCAGCAGAAGCAGAACCAAACUGAAAAAAAAAAAUCCAGCACUUCCACGAGUCAGCUGAGCCAUCAGCUUCCUCCUCGGCCCAUCCAACGCUUCGCCCCGCCUGACAAGACUCGCCGCCUUUUGCGAUGGUGAAGAAGAACGUGCCGGAUUGGCUUAAUAGCUCUCUCUGGACCACUGCACCUUCCUCUCCUUCCGCUUCUUCCUCCGACGAUCCCUCCAAGCCUCACUCUUCCUCCUCCAAGCCGGAAAUUUCCCCCAGCAAGACGAAGAGUGAGCCUAAUUUCGAGCCUCCGAUUCCCGUCCGGCCUCCGACGGUUACGAGAGAGGAACAACCGCCGCCACCGCCUCCUUCCCUGUCACAGAAACCGGAGAUCAAAGAUAAGAAUUCUCGGACUAGUAUUACCAGUAAUGCUAAUAGCAGUAGCAGUAGCAGCAUUGACAAGGAUGAAGAUCGCGAUGGCGAGAAUGGCGCCUCUCCUGCUGCUGGCCCUUCCGCGGAGGAUAUUACGAAGCAGGCUCAGUUGUUGACCGAGUUGUCGAAGAAGGUAGUAAAUGUGAAAGAAUUGAGGAAGAUUGCUUCGCAGGGCUUGCCUGAUGGCGCUGGCAUCCGUUCUACAGUUUGGAAGCUUUUGUUGGGAUAUUUGCCUCCCGAGCGUUCGCAGUGGUCAUCUGAAUUGGCUAAGAAGAGGUCUCAAUACAAAAUUUUCAAAGACGAGCUUCUCAUGAAUCCUUCAGAAAUCACAAGGAAGUUGGAGAAGUCUACCCUUGAUGACGAGCCAAAGUCCGAAAGUCGUUGUGUGCUAUCAAGAUCUGAGAUAACUCAUGAUGAACAUCCUUUGAGCCUUGGGAAAACCAGUGUUUGGAAUCAGUUCUUCCAGGACUCUGAGAUUAUAGAGCAGAUUGACCGAGAUGUGAAACGUACUCAUCCUGAUUUGCACUUCUUCUGUGGAGAUUCAUCUUUCGCAAAUUCUAAUCAGGAAGCUUUGAAAAGCAUAUUAGUUGUGUUUGCCAAACUAAAUCCUGGCAUCAGAUAUGUUCAGGGGAUGAAUGAGAUUUUGGCACCUUUAUACUAUGUAUUCAAAAGUGAUCCUGAUGAGGACAUGGCCGCUUUUGCUGAAGCAGACACAUUCUUUUCUUUCGUUGAGUUAUUAAGUGGAUUCCGUGACAAUUUCUGCCAGCAACUGGACAAUAGUGUUGUGGGAAUCCGUUCAACAAUUACAAAGCUAUCCCAGCUUUUGAAAGAACACGAUGAAGAAUUAUGGCGUCACCUCGAGAUCACAGCCAAGGUGAACCCGCAGUUUUAUGCAUUUCGGUGGAUCACCCUCCUGUUGACACAGGAAUUCAACUUUGCGGACAGUCUUCAUAUCUGGGACACCCUUCUAAGUGAUCCCGAAGGCCCUCAGGAGACUCUACUUCGGAUAUGCUGUGCAAUGCUAAUUCUGAUCAGAAGGCGGCUCCUAGCUGGGGAUUUCACCACCAUUCUCAAGCUUCUGCAAAACUACCCGCCCACAAACAUCAGACAUUUGCUUUAUGUUGCAAACAAAUUGCGUCAUGUACCCACUUGCUAAUUGCCCCCAGUAUGUUGUCAAUCAGCUUCGCUUUCGUUCGUGUUUUGCUUCCUCUCCUUGGUGGGGUCUUGAUGUAAAUUAUCGACUAACCGACACUCUGUGUGUUAGGGAGAUUUUAGAUCCUUGUUAACAUCCCCUGUUGCUUCUUUCGUUGGUCACUGAAAUGUUGUGUAUUCAUCUUUUCAUUUGUACCUAAACGCCUCUAGAUGUUUAUUUUGUGUGAUGGAAUAGCUUUGUGCUGGCGGUGUCAAUUUCGCAUUGUGUUUCCAUUCACAAUAGAUGGAGCAGAGGGAUCGAUUUUUUCCGGCAUAUCGGAUACAAGUUACAAGCACUAGCAAGAUUCUUCAUAUGAGAAUGAAUCUGGAAAGAAUGG